AUGACAUCGAGCCCUGAAGUGGGGAAAUACCACCCGCCCCGCGCCCUCAGCCCCAGACACCUGGCCCGGUUCCCCCGCCUUCUGGGUCCCGCAUCCCCUGCCUUCCCGCCCCGAGCCCUGAACUUCAGCCCGCUUCCUUCAGAGGCUGCGAGCGCCCGAGUCCGCCCGUCUCGCGGCAGCCACCGCGGGAGUGGAGGUACGCGGCCGCAGGCAGGCAGACAGGCACAGUCAGCUGGGAAGGACUGCAAAUCUUAUUUUCUUUUCCAUUUUCUCUCCAACGGCCCGGAGCUAGUGCUUGUGGUUCCCGGGCUGGUGUUCUGGGGAGCGCCGGGAGAGCCCCUUCUCCAGCCGCCCCCAGGCGGAGAGAGCCCAGCUGCGCUAGCGCUGCUGACAGCGUGGAGAGCGGCCACUGUCCGCCCGGGGAAGUCAGGAGAACGGCUGCAGCGGCAAGAAGUUUCCCAGCCAGGAGGACAGGAGACAAGUGGCCGCCGGGUCCCGGAGCGAACUUUUGCAAAGCUUUCCUUUGCAAAGGAAGCUGCCGCGGCGGCGGUAGAGAAAAGGAGGCGGCAGAGACAGGAGGACGUGCGCUCCGCUUCGCUCGAACCCGUUGCUGAACUUGGGCGAGCGCGAGCCGCGGCUGCCGGGCGCCCCCUCCCCCUCGCAGCGGAGGAGGGGACAGUCUUCGGAGUCGGGGCGGCGGAGACCCGCCGCCGGCCGGCCACCGCGGGGUCCGCGCUACCUGCUGCCGCCGGGAAGCGAGUUCGUCCGCGGGCUCCGAGGAACCUCUGGGCCCGAGAGAGCUCCGGGAGUGACCGCGACUUUUCAAAGCCGGGCGGCGCGCGCGAGCGGACAAGUAAGAGUGCGGGCGGCGUCUUAACCCUGCGAUCCCCCGGAGCGAGCCGGUGAGGAGGGCGCCGGGGGAGGCCAGCCGGCGGGGGCGCGCGCUCUUCCAGAAACUUU